GGAAAGGCAAGGCAGGCGAGGAAGCCCCUGGCACAGCUCCGUGGAAAAGCCAGAUCCCGACUCCGCCGGGGCACAUACUUUGAGGUCCGGUCCACCAGGCACGGGAUCGAAGACACAAACUGAAGCCUACCUGACCUGCCAGACCAUGGCAUCCUGGGGACUCUUUGUGGCUGGUGCCUCCUUCGCGUCAUUUCGGGGGCUGCACUGGGGACUGCAGCUGCUGCCCACCCCGGAAUCUACUCAGGACAGAUGGAUGUGGCGGAACAUUUUCGUUUCGCUGAUGCAUAGCCUACUCUCUGGAUCAGGGGCGCUGGUCGGGCUGUGGCUUUAUCCUCAGAUGGUCACCGACCCGAUUCAUGGCCACCCAUCGUGGGCAGUGGUCCUGGUGGCGGUGUCAGUGGGUUAUUUCCUGGCGGAUGGAGUUGACAUGCUGUGGAAUCAGACCUUGGCGCAGGCCUGGGACCUUCUCUGUCACCAUGUGGUGGUAGUGAGCUGCCUCAGCACUGCCGUUCUGUCUGGCCACUACGUGGGCUUCGCUGUGGUAUCUCUACUUCUGGAGCUGAACUCCAUCUGUUUGCAUCUACGGAAGCUACUGCUGCUUUCCCAUAAGACCUCAUCGUUGGCCUUCAGAGUAACCAGUUGGGCCACCCUGACCACUCUGGCCCUCUUCCGCCUUCUGCCUCUAGGAUGGAUGACUCUCUGGUUGUUUCAGCAGCACUACCAGGUGCCUCCUGCGAUGGUUGUCCUUUGUAUAACUGGGCUGGUCACUGUGGGUACCAUGAGCAUCUCAUUGGGUAUCCGAAUUCUGAUCAGGGAUGUCUUGCAGUCUCGGCCCAACUCAUUUAUCCUUGUACACAAGGAGACCCGGCAGACCAAGACGCAUGGUGAUGAACCUGUCACCAGGAACAAUUCCACGCUCAUUCCGAAAGCCUAGAGAAGUGGAGGCUUCCUCUUCUGUCAGCCCUGGGGGACUGGGGAAGAGGAGAUGGUAGCCUUCACUGCAUAGUCUACUGUGUAGCAAGGGCUAGACUGUAUUAUCAGCAUCUCAGGACCUUUUCCAGGUAACUCACUUCUCUCCCCUUCCCAAGACCCAAGAAGAAAUGUGAAUGUUAGUAGCUUCAUAGGAACCUAGAUUACCGCUCAGUGAAUUCUUUUGCUCCUGCGUAAGGACAGACAAUGGACAGGAGGUCCUUCUAGAAUCAGAGAGGCCUCAUUUAUGAUCAAAUUCUGGCAGUGAGAUGAGAGCACAAGAAACAUUAUCUGUUGCCAAGAGGGAUGGGCAUGACAGUUGCCAGGGACAGACAGAAGCCAGGCCAGUGCAAUUGUUGCUGAUACCUCCCAUCCUCUGGGUCAGGCUGCAAGUACUAGGACUGUACUUAACCCUACUCUACUGC